AUGCAAUAUAAAAAAACCCUAAUCGCCUCCACUUUGGUUGCUACCUCUCUAGCUGCCUACGCUCCGAAGGAUCCAUGGUCCACCCUAACUCCAUCUGCUACUUACAAGGGUGGUAUAACUGACUACGCUUCCACUUUUGGUAUCGCUGUAGACCCAAUUGCCACCACUGCCUCCUCCAAGGCAAAAAGGGCUGCAGCUAUUUCCCAAAUCGGUGAUGGUCAGAUUCAAGCCACCACCAAGACUAAGGCUGCUGCCGUCUCUCAGAUUGGUGACGGCCAAAUCCAAGCCACUACUAAGACUAAGGCUGCGGCCGUUUCUCAAAUUGGCGAUGGCCAAAUCCAAGCCACUACUAAAACCAAGGCUGCUGCUGUUUCCCAGAUUGGCGAUGGUCAAAUCCAAGCCACGACCAAGACCAAGGCUGCUGCCGUCUCUCAGAUUGGCGAUGGUCAAAUCCAAGCCACGACCAAGACCAAGGCUGCUGCCGUCUCUCAGAUUGGCGAUGGCCAAAUUCAAGCCACCACUAAAACUACGGCUGCGGCCGUUUCUCAAAUUGGCGAUGGUCAAAUCCAAGCCACUACCAAAACUACUGCUGCCCCAGUCUCUCAAAUCACUGACGGCCAAGUUCAAGCUACAACUUCAACUUCUGCAACCAUUAUACCAUCUCCUGCUCCUGCCCCAAUUACCAAUGGCACUGACCCAGUAACUGCGGAAACAUGUAAGAGCACUGGCACCUUGGAAAUGAACCUGAAGGGCGGCCUUUUAACUGACGGCAAGGGUAGAAUCGGUUCAAUUGUUGCUAACAGACAAUUUCAAUUCGAUGGUCCACCACCACAAGCCGGUGCCAUCUACGCUGCCGGUUGGUCCAUCACUCCAGAAGGUAACUUGGCCAUUGGUGAUCAAGAUACUUUCUACCAAUGUUUGUCCGGUAACUUCUACAAUUUAUACGAUGAACAUAUUGGAACUCAAUGUAACGCAGUUCAUUUACAAGCUAUCGAUUUGGUGGACUGUUAA